CGCCCCCUGUUGAAGGCAGCUAUCAUUACCUCCCAUUGAUUCGCCUUGAUACAAACUAUCCGCCUCUCGUCUCUUGCGUUGUGCGGGGAAAGCCAGCAAAAGGCAGUAAAAUGGCGCUUAGUUCUCAAGGAACAAAGAAAAAAGUUUGCUACUACUAUGACGGUGAUGUUGGAAACUACUACUAUGGACAGGGGCACCCCAUGAAGCCCCACCGAAUCCGCAUGACUCAUAACUUGUUGCUCAACUAUGGACUCUACAGAAAGAUGGAGAUAUAUCGUCCACACAAAGCCAGUGGAGAAGAGAUGACCAAGUAUCACAGUGAUGAUUACAUCAAGUUCCUGCGUUCAAUUCGACCGGACAACAUGUCAGAAUACAGCAAACAAAUGCAGAGAUUUAAUGUGGGAGAGGACUGUCCAGUGUUUGAUGGGUUGUUCGAGUUCUGCCAGCUCUCAGGAGGGGGCUCUGUUGCUGGUGCGGUGAAGUUGAACAAACAGCAGACGGACAUCGCCAUCAACUGGGCUGGAGGCCUGCAUCACGCCAAGAAGUCUGAGGCCUCCGGGUUUUGCUACGUCAACGACAUUGUUCUGGCAAUUCUUGAGUUACUGAAAUACCACCAGAGAGUUCUGUACAUCGACAUUGACAUCCAUCAUGGAGACGGUGUGGAGGAGGCUUUCUACACCACAGACCGUGUCAUGACGGUGUCCUUCCACAAGUAUGGAGAGUACUUCCCUGGCACAGGCGACCUGAGGGACAUCGGUGCUGGUAAGGGUAAAUAUUACGCUGUGAAUUACCCGCUGAGGGAUGGGAUUGACGAUGAGUCUUAUGAAGCCAUAUUCAAACCUAUCAUGGCCAAGGUGAUGGAGAUGUACCAACCCAGCGCAGUGGUUCUGCAGUGUGGAGCUGAUUCUCUGUCAGGAGACAGGCUCGGUUGCUUUAACCUCACCAUUAAAGGCCAUGCAAAGUGUGUAGAGUACAUGAAGAGCUUCAACCUGCCACUGCUCAUGCUGGGAGGAGGAGGCUACACCAUCCGUAACGUGGCACGAUGCUGGACUUAUGAGACGGCUGUGGCCCUGGAUACCUCCAUCCCCAACGAGCUCCCAUACAAUGACUACUUUGAGUACUUUGGACCAGACUUCAAGCUGCACAUCAGCCCCUCCAACAUGACCAACCAGAACACCAAUGACUACCUGGAGAAGAUCAAGCAGCGCUUGUUUGAGAACUUGCGCAUGCUGCCCCACGCCCCGGGGGUCCAGAUGCAGGCCAUCCCUGAGGACGCUGUGCAGGAGGACAGUGGAGACGAGGAGGAGGAUGACCCCAACAAACGCAUCUCGAUCCGUGCUCACGACAAGAGGAUAGCGUGUGAGGAGGAGUUCUCUGAUUCUGAGGAUGAAGGCGAAGGAGGCCGCAGAAACGCAGCCAGCUUCAAGAAAGCCAAGCGAGCCAAGACUGAAGGAGAGAAGGAGGGAGAAGAAAAGGAGAAGAAGACUGAGGAGGAAACGAAAGAAGUAAAAGAAGAAGAGAAGGCACCAGAGGAGGAGAAAAUGGACACAUCAAAGCCGAAGGAAGAGUCCAAGACGCCUUGAAGUCCUCAGCAGCUAAUGGUGCCAAUUCGGUUGAUAAGAACAAGCUUUGUUUGGAUAAAUCAUCUUUCCAGGCUGCUGCUGUGGAAAUCAGUGAAGAAAUAUACCUUUGUAUUGAGACCCUUCUUCCUCAAAAUGGGAUAGGGAUCUUACUAUUUUCUAGGACACCUUUUCAACCUUACCUGUUUAUGGACCGAGGUCAAACUGCGUGUUUUUGAUUAUUGUUUUUGUAUUAUCAUUUAUUUUUUAUUCUUAAUCUUUUUAUUCUAUGACACUUACUUUUCCCUUGUAAUGCAACUGUCUAAAAAUGGCUAGUACAUGUAUGCUUUUAUAUAUCUGAACGAUUUAUUUAAAUCAUAGAUAUUUUGGCUACUGUUUUGUCUUUCAGUCCCAAUUGUCAUGUGUCUUUGAAAAUGUAGUUGAAGCAUGUUUAUUCAAUAGAUCCUUUUCUGUAAUACAUUUGUGUCACUGGCCUUGCCUGCUGAAGUCACUGAGAUUGGUUAAAAGGGUUGUGAAUACCUGAUAACCUUUUCAUAUGGCACAGUGAAGGUCAGUUACACUCAUUUUAGGAUGUGUCCUUUACACAUUGACAUCUUCAAAUCCCUGGGACUCCCGCCACACUAUUGAUAAUGUUUAGAGUCCUGUCACGUGAUGUCAGGGCUUAAAUUCCACAUGAAUUUGGACUUGAAUAUCCAGCGUAAAGUACUUAAAUGGGAAGAAAGACAAAUGCCAGAAUUCAUUUGUUGUAUAUAUUUGUAUUCUGAAAUCUGACAGACCAUGUGUGCAAACACACUUUUAACACCAAUAAAAAAAAACUACCCUUAAA